CAUUGAGUGCGAUUCAGUGCUUGAGACCGGUUCAAAUCGAUUGAAGCAAAAUUGCGGCGCUACGUUGGCGUGCGGAUGCAAACUACACGGAAUCGUCAACUUAACGAACGAACGAACGGUACGACUGUGUGUCAGAAAAUCCAAUUUAAAUUAAAUACAUAUACACGUACGAACGCAAAAUUAUAACUGCAAAGAAAUUGGUUAAAGUUGUUUAAAGARAAAAAUUAAGAAAAACAGCGCUUUCGAAUCGAAAAUGCAAACAAAGUGUUAUUUGGAGUGUAAGGCCCAACCAAAKCAAGUGCGUGUGCCAAAGUGAAAAAAAAAAUAAAAAAAAAAUUUUAAAUUUGAAAUCUAACAAAUUUGCAUAAAACCGUUAAGCAGCAAAGGUACAAAAGUUAAAAAAAAUUAAUCAAUAAAGAUAAAAGUGUAAAAAAUCGGUUAGAAGACAGGUUUGUUUUGGAGAAGCUGUUUUAUUUAGCAGCAGACUGAAAUUAAAAAGCUCACAAAAACAGCGAAAUUCAAUUGCUGAUCAUUGGAAAUCACUUUAGUCAUAAGCAAAKGCUCUGCCCAACAACCACAACAACCAAUCAAAKCGUACGUGCAACAUAUGCAAAUACACAUUUCUGCCCAUUCGGUUGUUACUACAUAUGUAUGUGUGUGCGCCAACUAACACUCACGUAUUAGCGAAUUUGCAUAGCAAAUAAUAUUAUAUUAUUUUGUCGCUGCAACAUUUCGCGCCGUAAACAAGCAAACAACAUACGCGUGUGUUGCAAGUAAACAUUUGCGCGCCCAUUUGUGAUUUGUGUGUGCGUGUGUGUUGCCAAAGUAACUGAAAGUGUCAUCUUCAGCGUUUUUCGCGUACGCGUACUUACCGCGUGUGUUUGUGUGCGUGUGUGCGCUUGAGCGCUACAAUUUGCGUACAAAAGAAAUUUAUUUGCUUUUACCUGCCUCUUGAACGUGCAACAUCCAUACUUACUCACACACUGGUUGUUUGUCUAACAAAUCACAAUUGAAUUGGAUUAUUUACGUGCCACCUCUUACUAAUUGGAUUUGAAGCAUUUUAAAUGCUAUUGCUGUUCAAAGUGAAGUGAUUGCUGCCACUUCUGGUGUGUCACCGGUGUGUUGCAGUUAACCACUACAAAAACAUAAAUCGAAAAAUAGAAGGGAAAAUUUUGAUUCAUUUGUUGGCGCACAGUGUGUGCUCGGCUUUAGUUACUGCAAUUGACUUCAAUCACAUGUGACAACAGCAGACGAUAAGGAUAAUAAUCAAAGCGAAAGAAUACUGAGAGUCGGAAAAUUGCAACAAAAAGAAAAUCAAAAAAGCUCAAAAAAGCGUAGAAAUGUGUCGGCACAUCAGAUUGUGUUGAAAAUUCCUGCACACAAAGUGAUAAUCGUAUAAAAUAUUGCACAGAGAAAACUACAAAGUAUACACUCGUGCCAUAAAAAGUUGCACUGUAGUGGCAGAAAACCUAAAAUAAGCGGGGCACAUACGGUGCUGGUGUGUCGAAUGGGAAAAACGGUUUCAAUCUCACUAAAGUACACAUUUUAAGUUGAGCAUAAGCGCAGGCACAUCCUGUGAAUUGAAUGCCAACUAAUCCUCUGCCAAGCAAUAAAGAAACUAGAAAGCAAAACAAAAGUUACUACGCUUAUACACACACAAACACAUAGAAGAAAGCUUAGAUAAAGGCUUAAAAACCCCUUAGAGGCAACAACAAACCAAGAAAAAAGGAAAAAUUAAAUAAAAAUAAUAAAGGACUAGCAACGUGCAAACAAAAAGUAAAUAAAAUGCCUGCCAUAACAAGUGAAGCGACAAGACCCGCGCCCACCCGUUGCCUACGGCCAAUCAGAGCGACAGUGCUUGCCGCAGCGACAGCAGCCGCCUCACUGCUUACAUCCGCAGCCACAGUCGCAGCGGCAGCAGCAGCAGCAGCAGCUGCGACAACAUCGUCCACAACCACUACAACAACAGCAACGGCAACAGCCGGCAUCGCCAGCUACAACCACAAUAGCAUAUCAACUCAACAGCCGGAUGCUUUGGAGCGACGACUGCAACCAGAUGUCGAUACGGACACCGGAGGUGGAAGUAGAGUAGGCGUAAAUGUUGAUCUAACUGCCGCCACCGCUGCCGCGCUGCCCAGCCGCCUCGCCAAUAAGUUGCUAACCAAUUUUCUGCCUGCCAUCGAUGCCGUCACAAAUGCCACCACCACCACCACCAACACACUCACCAGCAGCAGCACUAUCAGCAGUAGUAGCAGUAGUGGUAUUAGCAAUCGUGGUGCUGCUGUCACAUAUCCAAGCUUCCGGCCGCCGAGUAUAGAGAAUCUUGUCGCAAGUUCAGCUGAGGAUUUGAGCAAUUUUCGUGAUGUGUCCUUCGAUAUAUUCGACGACGAUGACGAUUUGUUUGGCUCUCCAUUGGCAUUUGAUGCUUCCGAUAAUGGCUUGUGGAAUGGCCGUUUCGUGCCGCCACCACCCCGUCCGCCAUUCCUAGUCGAUGAGCCGGUGCUGAGUGAUGGACUGACAACGUGUGAUUUGUGCUCAUGGGCCAUGCCAACGAAGAGUACAUUCAUGUUCGAGGGUACAAUAGAAAAAGCUUCCGAAUUGGGCUGGCCCUUGACGCUGAUUAUCGUUUCGGUGCUGUCAGCAUUGCUGGGAGCGAUUGUCAUGGUGACGGUUGUGCGCUGCAGAAGGAAAAAACCAACGAACAACCGUAACGGUAAGUGUACUAAACUUGCUGACGACGAUCCGACACCCUAUAUCCAACAACACCACCACCACCAUCAUCACAAUAACCAACAACUACAAUAUAACCAACACCUUAACCAUCAUUAUCCAUACCAACACCAACACAACCAAAACCUCAACCAAUAUGUACACGAACACCACCGACAUUUGUAUCCCACUGCCUACCGUAACCUACACGCACAGUAUCCGUCGUUGUCUAGCCACCAUAACGCCAUGACAACACACCAUCAUCACCAACAACAGCAACAACAACAACAAAUACACCAACAACAACACAAGCGACUACCUCAGCCGCUGCCAAUGCAUUAUGUGAGCAAUAGUUGCUCUUCGUCGUCGCUGACGAAUGACAGCCAGAGCACGCAACGCACCAGCCUGUCGACCAUAUAUCGGCCACCAAGCUAUUACAGCAGCGCUACGGUGCACGCUGGCACAGUGGCAUUAACCAAGGCGGCGCAAAAGCAAAAAUUGCUAAAACAACGCAUUGACAUGUUUACGCGUUCGCUACCACCGCCCCCAUCACCACCAACGGAGGCGCACCACGAUGCGGUGAUCGAGCGAAGGAGUUGUAGUAGCAUUGCUAGUCACAGUGGUAGUAGUGGUAGUGGCAGUAGUAGAAGGGGCGAUGAUGAGAGCAUUUGCAGUGACAGUUAUGCCGAAUCGUCGGUGGCUUACGAAGAGCCGACGACGCUGGAGAUAGACGCGUCACCGGUCGAAGAAGCCGAUAUGCCCAUAGUUGAAGCGGCGGUUAUGGUGGCUGCGUGCAGCACUGAGAAAUUCUGAGCGCGUGCUCACCUCCUCCCAAAAAUUCAAAAUUAAAACCACACAAACCCAAAACUUAACGAAAACGAAAUUGAAUUAACCGAAAAACCGAAAAUUUAAUGCAUUUAGUUGACUGAAACUACAAUAACUCUCUUCUCCCCCCUUUCUUCUCUUCACUACACUUCGCUUCAUGGCACGUCUGUGUGUGUAUUGCCUUUGUGCACGCUGUAAACCCCCCUCAACACACAC